GCCGGUUUCCCACUCCGCACUGAUUCAUCCAGGCACUUCAGUUAGCUAGCUGGCUGCACUCGCCAACACGGAACUGUCUCAGAGCUGAACAUGGCUGAACUUGAUCCACAAGAAGCGGGGCAGGACCUGGAGAGAAAAAUCGAGGAGACCAGACAGAGAUUCAAAAAUGAGUUGCUCCAAGAUUCAUCAGAUAAAUAUGACUCCAGGGAUGUGGAGAGGCUUCAAACAGACGAUGCUCUGGUGGAGGGAUACCUGACAUGGAGGCUCUAUGUGGUUGAUGAUGCCUUGAAAAUGAUUGAUGAAAGUCUACAGUGGAGAAAAGAGUUUGGUGUGAAUGACCUUAAUGAGAGCGUCAUUCCCAGAUGGAUGUUUGAGACUGGUGCAGUCUACCUCCAUGGCUACGACAAAGAGGGCAACAAGCUCUUCUGGUUUAAGGUAAAACUACAUGUCAAGGAUGCAAAAACCACCAUGGACAAGAAAAAGUAUGUUGCCUUCUGGCUGGAGCGGUAUGCCAAGAAAGAGCCGGGGAUGCCGCUGACCGUCGUGUUUGAUAUGGCCGACUCCGGCCUCAGCAAUAUAGACAUGGACUUUGUGAAGUAUGUGAUAAAUUGUUUUAAAGUGUAUUAUCCAAAGUUUUUAUCCAAAAUGAUUAUCGUGGAUAUGCCUUGGAUCAUGAACGCUGCGUGGAAGAUCGUGAAGUCAUGGCUGGGUCCAGAGGCCAUCAGCAAGCUGAAGUUUGCAUCCAGAUCUGAGGUGCAGACCUUCAUCGGGCCCGAGUACCUCCCCCCUCACAUGGGCGGAACGGAUCCCUUCAAGUACAGCUACCCGCCGCUACCCGACGACGAGUUUCAAACGCCCAUCUGUGACAACGGCCCCAUCGUCAGCGAGGACGACGCCGAGAGCAAAGAGGGCGAACUGGAGAGCAGAGAAACUCUGGAGGCCAGCUUCAACUCCGAGAUUGUGACAAAGACAAAGAAGGUGAAUUUCCUGGAUGACAGUUUCAAGUCAGAGGACGGCGAUAAAGUAGACACGAAUGCGCGAACCAGAGGUGCCAGGAAGCCCCUGACCACCUUCAAAGGCCCUCUGCUAGACGUCAGCCCUGCAGAGGAGCUCAGCUUCGGUUCCGGGGAGACGGAGAAGAAAUGCCUCAUUAUCCUGAGCAACGUGACCAAAAACCAGGUGGCCUACAAGGUUCGGACCACGGCGCCGGAGAAGUACCGCGUGAAGCCCAGCAGCAGCAGCUGUGAACCCGGAGCCUCGGUGGAGAUCGUGGUGUCCCUACACGGAAGUUUUCAGGCCUCCCUACAGGACCGGUUUCUGGUGAUGGCGGCCGAGAUGGACAACGCCGGAUCGCAAGAUCUCGCCCAGUUCUGGAAAGAAGUACCAAAAGCCAAGAUUAUGGAACACAGGUUACGCUGCAACGUUCUGGAGAGCGUUAAAGCGUCGGUGAAUCCUCGGCGGGACAGUUUUGUGGAGCCGGGAGCCGGCGGGCAGCAGGAGCUGAGCACAGCGCUCAUGCGGGUGAUGGCCUGCAACUCCCGGCUGGAGCAGAAGCUCAACACGUGCGUGUGGGUGCAGAAGGUCCUGGUCGGCCUGGUCUUCAUCCUCAUGCUGCUCAACCUGCUGUGCCUCUACCUGCUGGGCACGGCCGGCCCGCCGUCCUGACGUCCGAGCGCCUCCGCCGGGCACGGACCCACGGACCGGUCCUGAAGCGCUCCUCCUCCUCCUCCUCCUUCCUACAGACUGUUCUCAUGAGGAGGAGCGGGGCCGGCGUCACAGACAAGCAACACUGUGGAGUUCACAUAAGAACAAAGACGGAUCCUCUCCUGCAGCUCCGCAGUUAAUCUAACAGACGGUUUUAAUAGUGGAACAUCAAAUCUUUUUGUUUUGUUUUGUUUUGUUUUGUUUUUUUUAACCGAUCCAGAUAAAAAUGUGUAUUUAUUGCAUCAGCCAAAAUAUGUAGGAAAAGAUUAGUUAUUUUUUGAAAAUAAUGUAUAAUUUUUAUAUGACAAAUCUUUACGGUAUGAAAUAAACACAUUUUGUCAAUGGAUGUUUUGACGU